GUAGUGAGAAUCGCCUUCAUGUCCUAUUAAUAGUAUUAUUGUCUGACACCUUGUUCAAGGCCACCUCGCUAAAAAGUGUUCAAAAUGUCUGUUCUACGCAUUGUUUUUCGUCGUUCCAAAAAUGUUCAGAACAUUGUAAAACAGCACAGCGCGUGCAUGUCAAGCGCACCGCAACCUGUCCGAGAACCAGAAAUCAAACAUGCUCAGAUCUUCAUCAACAACAAAUUUGUCGACUCGGUCAGCGGGAAGAGGUUUCCGUCAAUAAGUCCGGUCACAGAGGAGGUCAUUUGUGAAAUUGCCGAGGGCGACAAGGCUGACGUUGAUCUUGCUGUGAAAGCUGCUCGAGACGCCUUCCGACUGGGAUCGCCAUGGAGACGAAUGGAUGCAUCCGAGCGAGGCAACCUGAUGUACAAACUUGCCGACCUGAUGGAGCGGGAUGCAGUUUACCUCGCAUCCUUGGAGACGCUCGACAAUGGCAAGCCGUUUCAAGUGGCCUAUGCAGCUGAUAUCCCCUUGUCCAUUAAGUGCUUAAGAUACUAUGCUGGUUAUGCGAACAAGAACCAUGGAAAAACUAUUCCUGUUGAUGGUAAUUUCUUUACGUACACUCGACAUGAGCCUAUCGGUGUGUGUGGACAGAUUAUUCCAUGGAACUUCCCAUUGCUGAUGCAGGCGUGGAAGCUAGGCCCCGCCCUGUCGAUGGGCAACACUGUGGUGAUGAAACCAGCUGAGCAGACGUCACUCACGGCGCUCUACAUUGCACAGCUGUCGGAAGAAGCUGGCUUCCCACCAGGUGUUCUUAACAUUGUGCCGGGGUAUGGACCAACAGCUGGUGCUGCCAUUGCCAAACACAUGGACGUCGACAAGGUCGCUUUUACGGGAUCUACAGAGAUUGGUCAGCUCAUUCCCCAGUACGCCGCGACGAGUAACCUGAAGGGAGUGACACUGGAGCUUGGAGGCAAGAGUCCAAAUAUCAUCUUUGCUGACGCUGACAUGGAGCAAGCGGUGGAGCAGGCUCACUUCGCAUUGUUCUUCAACCACGGUCAGUGCUGCUGCGCCGGUUCGCGCACAUUCGUCGAGGACAAGGUGUACGAUGAAUUCGUCGAACGCAGCAUCGAGCGCGCCAAGAAGAGAACUGUGGGAAAUCCUUUCGAUGAGUCAGUCGAACAAGGGCCUCAGGUUGACAGUGAACAAUUAGGAAAGAUAAUGAAUCUCAUUGAGAGCGGGAAGAAAGAAGGUGCCAAGUUGGGGACCGGCGGAGUUCGCCAUGGCGACCGGGGAUACUUCAUUGAGCCCACUGUGUUCAUGGAUGUCAAGGAUAACAUGAGAAUUGCUCAAGAAGAGAUUUUUGGACCGGUAAUGUCGAUCUUGAAGUUCAAGGACUUGAAUGAGGUUGUGGAGCGAGCUAACAAAUCAAUGUACGGUCUUGCUGCGGGUGUUGUGACAAAGGACAUCGAUCGUGCCUUGUAUGUCGCCAACAGUCUGCGAGCAGGCACAGUCUGGGUCAACUGUUUUAAUGUGUUUUCUGCUGCUGCUCCGUUUGGUGGUUACAAGAUGUCGGGUAACGGGCGGGAGCUGGGAGAGUACGGACUGUCUGCAUACACAGAGGUUAAGAAUGUCACCAUCAGCAUCCCACAGAAGAAUUCUUAAACAGUGUUGUCUUGGUAACCAUGACAACAGCAUCCAUCGUGUAUAAUUGUUCAUGUGGUAUCACUGGUGCAUUAUUCUCUGUCUACAGCUGUAAGAUGCGUUGACUUUGUCUGAAUUUCACAGACUUGGAACACUUAAAAUACUCGAACGUUCAUCUGUCCAAACACGGAGCUAGUAACUGUAAUAAACUUAGUACUAAUGUGACUUUUAUUCGUAAUAAACUUAGUAGCCUACAAAUGUGACUUUUAUUCGUAAUAAACUUAGUCCUAAAGUGACUUUUAUUUCAAAGACAAAUUAAAAAAAAAUGAAGACGACCAUUGUAAGCUAACAUUUGAAAUAAUAAUAUACUGGUUGAGAUAAGGAAGGUGAAUAGAUAGAUAUCCUGUACGUGAUGCCCAUGGUAUAAAUUAUGAUAGAUAUCCUGUACGUGAUGCCCAUGGUAUAAAUUAUGCUAUUUGAUAUUAAUUAUAACAGACACUCUUUGUUUUAAAUGUUUGAAAUCACAAAUUGCAACAUUUUUUCUGCCUAUUUCACAUCACUGUCUAAAACAGCACAUUUUAUAAUUAUUUUGUUUGUCACAUAUUUAAAGUUGUCGCUUGGUAUUUAUUAAUAAAUAAAAAACCUGUAUGAAUUACAUAGAAUUAGGUAUUUUUUUUUUUUUUUUUUUUUUAGAUAUAUUAUAUUUCUAUGCAUCUUCAAUAUAAACGAUUAAAUUCUUUAUACUAGAGAAAACCAAUUAAAAAAAAACAAACAACAUAAAUAUGAAGUGCCUAAAUACUAAUGCUUUCCAGAGAUGUAAAUGAUAAGACAUCCCAGAUUUUAUUAUCGUUUCAUCAUUUUUGUAUGUUAGGAAGAGGCUUGCAUAAAACAUGUUUUAUUAGUGCUACGUGAUUUUGACAAUAUUGAAACAAACAGAAUGAUAAUCUUUUAAUGGCAUCAUUGUGGUAGGAGAGAGAGAGAAGCACACGCCUACGCGAAGAAUGUUUGUAGUUUGUACAAUGUGAGGCUAUAACCCCAUGACUUUUAAAACAACCCCUAAUUUCUAAUUAUAUAUUUAAAAUGAUCUUGUAUUUUUUUUAUUAGACCUCCACAUUUUGUAAAAUGAUAAUAUAAUGAACAAAUGCAAGUGUAGUUAGUACCAAUAUUUCAAUACACACAUGCGGCUAUUUCAUUCAUACAUGCUAGUAUAUAAUGUAUACAUACCUACCUAGCUAUUUGGUAUUAUUACAAUACAAACACUUAGUUUUCUAGUCCAUACAAAUCAGGAUUUUUUUUGGUUUACAUUAUAUAGUAUAUCAUAUAGUAUUAUGAAUUUGGCACAAGUUUAUUUUUAUGAUUUUUUUUUCCCAAAAUGUCUAUUUUAUAAAUAAUUCCAUUUACUGUAAAACAGGUUUCACAGAAUAAUGAAAACAUACGUUCAGGUAAAGUAUGUUUUGCAUACAAAGGUUAUGCUUCAUAUUUUGUAUAUCUAAAUGUUGUAUUUCUAUAUCUACUACAUCUACAUUUUAUAUAGAUAUGAACAAGUAUUAUAUCAUUAUAUUAGUAUGAAUGAACUCAUAUUUGAUAUGUCUAGAUUUUGAAUUUUCAGCAUUGUUAUAUAUUUAAACUCCUAAUAUCAUUUAUAUACAUGUAUUUAUUGUUAACAAAAUAUUUUCUCUGGACGUGUAUUUGGAGACAGUUUUUCACUCGACUAUUCGAGAGUAUGAAUUAAGUCGUCAGCCGAGUUGUUUAUUUUUCAAACAUAAUAUAUCACCUAUUACGAUUUUCUUUACAAGAAUAAACUACUUUAACAUU